AUGUUCAAAGAAAUCCAGAGAAUCGAAAGAGGAGGCCAAGACGCGAAACAAAGAGGUCCAAGCAAUAGGGGAAAAUUACUCGAGGGACGUGUUUAUAUGAGCAACUCCCACGUUUCGGGGUCUUCAGAUUCAAGGGACGAAAACAUUUGUAGGAAAUCUUGGAAUUGAAAGAUAAAAUAUAUUGCGCGUCCGGAGGGCUUUUUACUUGUCAA